UGAAAGUCAUCAAAUUAGCAAAUAAAACCUUAUAAAUAUGCAUCAACAUUUUUAACAUAUUUAAUCUUAACUUUUUUGACCCUCAUUCGCAGGCUUAAUAAAAUUACAAAGGUUUACUUUCUGUGAAGCUUAUUUGUCUUGAAUGCUUGAUCUCGAUAUCCAUUUGAGAAUAAAUGCUUGAUCUCGCAAUAAAAGUUAUAUCUUGCAGGGGAUGACCACGGCGCGGAAUAUCGAAGAGAAUUAAAUUAUCUCGCAAAAUUCACAAAAGUUCUUGUGGUUGCACUUUUUUAAACAAACAACAAAUAUAAAAUCUGCAUAAAGUUACGUUCUGUUAAGAUGUUACUUUAUUUCAGACAUCCUGAUGUUAAAAUAAAUUGCUCAUAAAUGCAAACCAAACAAACUAUCCUGCCGAUAGAAUGAAUUUAUGAUAAAACUGAGCAGUACGUUGCAGUGAACACUGUACUCUAUAAUCAACCAAUAGAGAAACAGCUGAUUUAAAAACAAGAUGGCAGAUCCUCAAUUCGGCGUGGCGGAUUAUAUUGUCCUCGCGGCAAUUAUGAUAGUCUCCUCUCUAAUAGGAUUAUUUUACCGAUUUACUGGAGGUCAACAGAAGACUAGUUCUGAGUAUUUAUUGGCUGACGGGAAUAUGUCAGUUCUACCUGUUGCAUUCUCACUCAUGGCAAGCUUUAUGUCAGCUAUUACACUGCUAGGGGUUACUCAGGAGAACUACAGUUAUGGAACCCAGUUUGUGUGUAUUAAUCUGGCUUAUGUACUCAGUACACCUGUAGCAGCGUACAUUUUUCUACCUGUAUUUUAUAACCUCAAAUCCCCCAGUGUAUACAAAUACCUAGAAGAUAGAUUUGGAAAAAUUGCUCGGAUAACGGCGUCUCUUGCCUUCUCUGUACAAAUGUUCUUGUACAUGGGAAUUGUACUGUACGCACCUUCACUAGCCCUCUCUGCUGUUACUGGGCUUAGUUUUGAAGGGUCUGUGAUUGGAGUCGGGUUGGUUUGUACUUUCUACUCUACUGUUGGAGGGAUGAAAGCUGUACUAAUGACAGAUCUUUUCCAGUCCUUACUGAUGUUCUCAGCUGUGCUAACGGUCAUUUUCUCAACCUGUCUUAAACAUUCUGUAUUAGAGGUUUGGGAGACAGCAGUGGAUAGAGACAGGAUUCAGUUUCUAGAGAUAUCCCCAGAUCCUACAGUUAGACAUACAGUCUGGACACAGGUCUUUGGAGGCUGCUUUGUAUAUUGCUCAUUGUACGCUGUCAAUCAGGCUCAGGUUCAACGUUUGAUGACCCUUCCGACCCUAGCUCAAGCUCAAGCAGCUCUUUGGAUCCAGGUGCCUAUAUUGAUGUGUCUGUCUCUUCUCACAAGUUUUGCAGGCCUCUGUAUUUUCUUUACGUACAAAGACUGUGAUCCUUUUCUAGAAGGUAGAAUACAAAAAUCUGAUCAGCUGUUUCCAAUAUUUAUUCUCGACCAACUAGCCCAGAUUCCUGGACUAGCAGGAUUGGCUGUAGGAGGUAUAUUCUCUGGAUCAUUAUCAACUGUAUCAUCAGCAAUAAACUCUCUAGCAGCUGUUACUCUAGAGGACUAUAUUAAACCCUGUUGUACUGUACCUGAGAACAGAUCUACUCUUGUCCUGAAAGGGUUGGCCCUGGGGUAUGGUUUGGCCUGUAUUGGCCUGGCAUUCUUAGCAGAUCUGCUUGGAACAGGGGUACUGCAGGCCUCACUGACAAUAUUUGGAGUAGUAGGUGGACCUCUUCUCGGCCUUUUUGCUUUAGGAAUGCUGACCCGGAUAUCGGGGCAGGCGGGGGCAGUGACCGGCCUUCUUACAGGGCUUAUAUUCGUCUCAUGGAUCGGGUUUGGUGGACCUAAACCUCCAGUUCCUAAGCUCUCCCUGAGUAUCUCCAACUGCAGUAAUCCUGAUUCUGAUUUGAUGUGGAACAGUUCUACCUGGAGCUCUACAGCUACUCUCAACCCUACCUGGAGACCAACCAAUUCAAACUCAACCGAACUUAACCCUGAAACUGAGUACUUCUACCUGUACCGUAUAUCCUAUGCAUGGUACUCAAUGAUAGGUUUUCUAAUCACCGUCGGAGUAGGUUUACUAGUCUCCGUCCUGUAUUCAAAGAUCUCCGGGUUUGAACCUGAACUGGUAGAGGAUAAUCUUCUCUCUCAUCUAACAAAUCGGAGUUCAAAUAAGUCCUAUAGGGUUCACGAGGCGUUUGGAGAUACAGAGAAGCCUGAAAAAAUCCAGGAAUGCAAAUUAUAGUGCAUUUAUAUUACAAUGUAGAUGUACACAUGAUUAAGUACAUAAAGUGAAAAAGUUGUGAAUAUAUACGUAUGUACGUAAAUAUAAGCUUAAAUAUAA